AUGCCCACCACCAGCUCCCGGCAUCGUGCCCACCACCACCUGCAGCGGGUCAGUGGCGAGCUGCGGGUGGCGCUGACCGCGAAGGAGAAGAACAAGCGGGCCAUGGAGGAGCUGGUGCUGGCGCUCAAGGAGGUGAACGCGGAGCUGCACACCACGCGGCAACAGCUGGCGCGCGCGCAGCACGAGUCGGAGACGGCGAGGCUGGAGCCGGACUGGUUGCACGUGUCCCUGAAGCGCAAGGACGACAAGGUCCGCGCGCUGUCCGACGAGGUGGCCCGCCUCCGCUCCAACGCCGAGGAGGCGUUCGCCACGUUCCGGGGCAAGGAGGCCGGGUUCACAGUGUGCAUGAAGUCGUCGGAGGCGGAGCUCGCUGCGUCCCGGCGCGAGAACGCGCGGCUCCUCGAGUCGCAGCGGUCCGGGCGGCAUGAGGUGGCCAAGCUGCGGGACAUCCUGAAGCAGGCCGUCAAGGACACCAAGUUCGUCAAGGAGGCGCUGGAGGAGGCGAGGAGCGAGAACGCCAUGCUCAAGGAGAUGGUCGGGAGUAAGGACACCGUCGUCAAGUGCAGCAAGGAGGAGCUGGAGUGCCUCCGGGUGAGCGAGGACGCGGCGCACGACAGCGUCAAGGAGCUGCAGAGCCUGCUGGUGGCCACGUCGGUGAGCGCCACCCCCACGCCGUCCGCAACGGCGGGAGCGGGAAGGUCGUUCGACCUGGAGGACCUGUCGUCGCCGUCGCCGCGGACGCCGACGGACGGGAUCGACGGGAUCGCGUGGAGUAGAGGGAGAUAG